AUUAUCAGAUUAGUCAGGUGUAAUUAAAGAUAGAUUUAUUUAUGUCGUUUUCAUAUUUAAAUAAAACCAUUUCAGAAUAAGCAACAACAGUAGAAAUAGCUAUUACUACUAAAUAAUCAGGGAAUAUUCAUUUCCUGUGAAGUCCUUAUUUUUUACAUUUCACUGAUUCAUUGUUUAUGUUUUGAAGUAAUAGAAAUAUAUUUUAUACAAAAAAUAUGGAAGAAGUAGAUUCCAUUAUAUUACAUUUUCUCCGUCAACUGAACGUAAACAUUGAUGAAGGCGUCAAGAACAUUUGCGAACUCCCAGUGGAGGUCAUCAUCGAGUCUGCCUCAAAAUGCCUCAGUGCUAUCAGUACAUCCAUAAAAGUGCCAACUAAAUUGCCAUCAGGAAUAUCCCAUAGAAUUGAAGUAGCUGCACAUAUAGCUUUGAUCUGCAAGGAUUUAGGAUACAAGAAUGAUGUAGGUUACCAAACUUUUCUAUACUACAAUGAAGCCGAGUUGCGACAAGUUUUUAUGUUCCUCAUAGAAAGGUUGCCAACAGAAAACAAGGCAGUCAAAGUUGCUACUGGAAGUUGCAAGUCCUCCCUUCUCCAAGCAAUAAGUAGCAAAAUUCAGGAGGAACUUGCUGCUGUGUGGAUCCCGCCAUGUUGCAAUCCUUCCAAUACACAGCCUAUUGGAGAUUGUGCUCAAAAUACUUUAAGUAUACAUAAAUUACCAAAAACUGAUCUUAAUGAACAAGAAAUCAUAUUAAAUUUAAGGAAAAUGAAAGAAUUUACCCAGGACACCAAUUAUAAUCAGGAAAAUACUGAAAUUAAGAAUGACUUUGAGAUGAUUCUUGAAGACAAACCUACAACACCUGUUAAUUAUGAUGGCAAUAAAUCAUUGAAGGAGUUAAAGGAAGCUGCAGUCAUUCUCAGGCAAAAGUUAGAUGAACUUAAAAGUGAUAGCAACCUUAUGGAAGCUGAGUUUUCACAGGUUCAAAAAUCAAAAGAGAAAAUUGAAGCAGAUUUAAGAAAUGUACAAAACAUCCUACACAGCAUCGGCAUAAGUGACAUUGAUAAUGAAGAUGUAACCAAUGUUCUAGAAAAAGUACAGAAUAGCAUGAAUGUAUUACACAGGAAGAGUGAGGAGCUGACUUCCGCCAACUUAACCUUAAAAGUAGAGAUUGACAAGAUCAAAAACAGCAUUGAUGAUUCUGAGUCUGAAAGGAAUAGAGCCAGGAAGACCCUGAUAUCAUUAAAGGAAUCUGCAAAAGCUAUGAAAGAUGAAUAUGACAAAAAGGAACAAAACAAAAACCAAUUGAAGCAGAAUUAUGAAAAAUUGAAGGGAGGUAAUAAAAGGUCCAUAUAUACUAAAAGAAUCCUUGAAAUAAUCAGCAAUGUAGAUAAACAAAACAUGGAAAUAAAAAAGAUACUGGAUGAUACAAGAGAACUACAAAAAGAGAUCAACACUCUGGAGGGGCAGCUUGACAGGUGUUUUGCAAUUGCUGAUGAAACACUAUUCAAGGAUGCUAAAAAAGAUGACCAAGCCAAAAAAGCAUACAAGUUGCUGGCUCUGUUACAUUCAGAGUGCAAUACCAUUGUCUCGCUUGUUAAUGACACUGGUAUUUUUGCUAGAGAUAUUAUUGACAUAGAGGACAACAUCAAAAAUGAAAAAGCAAAACGGACUGAAGAUACAUUACAGAAAAUCCAACUCGAUCUUAAAAGGAUGCAAGAAGAACAUAGUUAA